GACCGCCAAAGACCGAGUCAUUCACAUUAUCGGGUCAUACUCAAUUCCCUUAUGAAAACAUUGCAAUUUACCCUUCCUAACCCUAGUGAUUACUGCCAUAACCCCCCAUUCGACUUCGUCGUCCUCUUUUCUCCAACAGAGCAGCAGGUGCUCUGCAUUCUGCCCCCCCCCCCCCCCCCCCCCCCCCCCCCCCCCGUUCGAUCCAGCAGCCUCCCUCUUCCCCGACCCACCGGCGACUGCUAUCUCCCGACUUCCACCAGCGACUGCAAGCUCCCCUGCCUCCAUUGACGGUGAGCUCCCCAGCUCCGUCGCCUCCACCACCGACCGUGAGCUCCCCUGCCUCCAAUCCUCCACCAGUGACCGCGAGGCGCAAGCUCCGCUGCCUCCACCAUCGAUACGAGCAAGCCCCCUAUAUCUCAUAUCUCUCUAGUUUAUUUCCCGAAAAAAAAAAUGCAGGAGAAACCGAUGGACCUGAGUCCAUCCAUCAGACUAUCAGAUAAACCGUCCAAGAGUGUUGGACCCGCUGCUGCGUUGGCGCCCCCUAAACCACGCCACCGGCAGAGCUAAAUAUUCCCCCCAAAAGCUUUCCCCUUUAAAUACAAGACGCAUCCAAUUCUCAUUCCUCUCAAAAACUUUUCCACCGAAUCCACAGUCCCCAAUCGGCGGUUCUUGCGUCCUUCGCUUCGCUUCGCUUGGAACCUCUUCCUAAUUCCGGCGGAGAUGAGGCUGCUGAAGUUAGCCACCUGCAAUUUGAAUCAAUGGGCGAUGGACUUCAACUGCAAUUUGAAGCACAUAAAGGAGUCGAUUACCGAAGCUAAACAAGCCGGCGCCGUCAUUCGCCUAGGCCCCGAGCUCGAGGUCACCGGCUACGGCUGCGAAGAUCACUUUCUCGAGCUCGAUACUGUCACCCACUCAUGGGAAUGCUUGAAGGAGAUUCUGGUCGGAGAUUGGACCGACGGAAUAUUGUGCAGUAUAGGCAUGCCCGUGCUCAAAGGCUCCGAGCGGUAUAACUGUCAAAUUCUGUGCAUGAACCGAAAGAUUCUGAUGAUCCGCCCGAAAAUGUGGCUGGCAAACGACGGCAAUUACAGGGAGCUCCGGUGGUUCACUGCCUGGAAGCAAAGGGAUCAACUGCAUGACUUUGUGCUCCCGCCAGACAUUUCAGAGGCCAUCUCCCAGAAAUCGGUGCCAUUUGGAUAUGGGUUCAUUCAAUUUCAAGACACAGCUGUUGCUGCUGAAGUUUGUGAGGAGCUUUUUACACCGGUUAGACCUCAUGAUGAGCUCGCACUCAAUGGUGUUGAGGUGUUUAUGAAUGCAAGUGGAAGUCACCACCAACUGAGAAAGCUUGAUAUCCGUCUUGAGGCUUUUAUGGGUGCUACUACUCGUGGAGGAGUAUAUAUGUAUAGUAAUCACCAAGGAUGUGAUGGUGGCCGCCUUUAUUAUGAUGGAUGCUCUGCCAUUGUUGUAAAUGGAGAAAUUAUCGCCCAAGGCUCACAGUUUUCCUUGAAAGAUGUUGAGCUUGUGGUUGCUCAAGUGGAUCUUGAUGCUGUGGCUAGCCUAAGAGGAUCCACAAGUAGUUUCCAAGAGCAAGCCAGCUGUAAAACUAGUGUGCCUUCUGUAGCAGCACCUUACAGUCUAUGUCAGCCAUUUAACCUGAAAGCGACUCUUUCUAGCCCCAUGAAGAUCAACUAUCACUGUCCCGAGGAGGAAAUCGCGUUUGGACCUGGUUGCUGGCUAUGGGACUAUUUGAGAAGAAGUGGAGCUUCUGGAUAUUUGCUUCCUCUGUCUGGCGGAGCAGAUAGUUCGUCAGUAGCUGCAAUAGUUGGAUGCAUGUGUCAACUUGUUGUAAAAGAGAUUGCAAAUGGAGACGAGCAAGUCAAAGCUGAUGCAAUGCGCAUUGGACACUACACUGAUGGCCAGUUUCCCACAGACAGCAAAGAAUUUGCAAAGCGCAUCUUUUAUACCGUGUAUAUGGGAACUGAAAAUAGUUCUGAUGCGACAAGAACCCGGGCAAAGGUUCUUGCAGAUGAGAUAGGUUCAUGGCAUCUAAACGUUUCAAUAGAUGGUGUUGUAUCUGCAUUCCUUUCCUUGUUCCAAACUCUUACCGGGAAACGACCAUGCUAUAAGGUGGAUGGGGGUUCUAACAUUGAGAACCUAGGCCUCCAGAAUAUCCAAGCUAGAAUAAGAAUGGUUCUAGCAUUCAUGUUAGCCUCACUCCUACCAUGGGUUCACAAUAAACCGGGAUUCUAUCUUGUUUUGGGUAGCUCCAAUGUAGAUGAAGGGUUGCGAGGCUAUUUAACCAAGUAUGAUUGCAGCUCAGCAGAUAUAAAUCCAAUUGGAAGCAUAAGCAAGAUGGAUCUUAGGUCAUUUCUAAAGUGGGCUGCCAAACAUCUUGGUUAUUCAUCCUUGGCCGAAAUCGAAGCAGCUCCACCAACAGCAGAACUUGAGCCUAUACGCUCAAAUUACAGCCAGCUUGAUGAAGUGGACAUGGGAAUGACAUACGAGGAGCUCUCGGUAUAUGGCAGACUGCGAAAGAUAUACCGGCUUGGUCCAGUGUCGAUGUUCAAGAAUCUUUGCUUCAGAUGGGGAUCAACAUUAACCCCAUCAGAAGUGGCCGAAAAAGUGAAGCACUUCUUCAAGUACUAUUCAAUCAACCGUCACAAAAUGACUGUCUUGACUCCAUCAUACCACGCUGAGAGUUACUCGCCGGAGGACAACAGGUUCGACCUCCGCCAGUUUCUGUACAACGUGAGGUGGCCUUAUCAGUUCCGGAAGAUCGACGAGCUCGUCGAGGAGGUGAACGGUGACAAAGUUGCCUUUGAAGAAGGGAGCCAGGAAGGGAAGUCGGUAGGGAUGGGAGUUGUUGCUGCUGGCGCUGGAGAUCCCAAGGCCGGGUUGUAAUAGGGGAGGCAGCCAAGCCAUUUGUCUUUCAUUCAUUCUUGUUGGCCUUUGUAAAUUAUCAUAAUCUCCCGCCGUUGGAAAGUUCUGCAACUGACGUAACCUGUAAGCGGGCGUGCUUUGGGAUAACCCAUUGUAAUAUUUUGCGUCACAAUAAAGUAGCAUAAUGUUCUUUUUAGUCAAGUUCCUUGUUAGAGCGAAGGCGUUAGCCAUUUAGCUGUUUGACGGUCAUUAGCUUUCGCGCAGAAAAUUCAGUUCACCUUUGUAUAUUGCUUGUAUGAUGACGAUGAAGACGAGUCGUUCGACAGCCUUAAGAUGACGACUCGAGUGCAGUUUGUGUUUUACUCUGCUGAACAGGUGCGGGACUUCCAUGCCGACUUCUGGGGAAAUGAGCAACGUUCGAGGAAUGAUGAAGCAGGAUGCUGGUUGGAAAGUGGGAAAGGAACUUCUCCUCUCUAAACAGCAGACCAUAGUUAAACCAAAAUGGACAUUAACCGUGAAAUACUACCAUACGAUUAGCUUCAACUGAACUUAACAAAAAAAGGAUUAUGUUUGCCACUUUGAAUGUACUGAAGGAACCAAAGAAGAAGAGAAGAAAAACAGGCCAGGAGAUACCGGGGAAAUGGAGGAAAAUUCUCUCACCAAGCCUGUUUUUCUGGUAGCUUGUACUAGAAGCCUGUUUUUCUGCCCGUUGAAAUAAAGUAUUUUACUCUAA